GUCACAAUUCCAUUGACCAUCUUCCUGAAAUCCAUUCAUUCUUGGAGGUGUGUCAUUCUUCUUGUUUGACUAUAAAAGUGCGACAGUGGAGCUCCUUUCUUUACGUCUCUGCUUGAUUCACGCUCAGACUUCACCAGCAUCACGUGUUCACUGACUCUCCCUCGUCCGAUAAAAUGGCAUCAUCUAAGUCCCUGUCCAAGGCUACCACCACCUUCAGCCUGAAAUUGAUGAAGACAAUGUGUGAUGGUGGCGAAACAGGCAACACAGUCUACUCCUCAUUCAGUGUCUACUCCACUCUGGCGAUGCUCCUGCUGGGUGCCAGAGGCAACACCCAAAAGCAGAUCGCUCAGGCGAUGGAAUCUCUCGCUGAACAAGGGGAUAUUAUCCAAUACGUGGGGGGACUGCAGAGAAAAUUUCUCCAUUUUGCCAAGAGACUGUUCGGAGAGAAGACCUACAACUUCACUGAGAGUUUCCAGACAGAAUGCAAAGCUAUUUUUGGAGCUGAACUCCAACCUGUGGACUUCAUCAACCAUGCUGAGGAAGCCAGAGUCAAGAUCAACCACUGGGUGGAUAGUGAGACUAACGGAAAGGGCCAGGAUCUGCUGGGAAAGGGUUCAGUGAACAAAGAGACCAAGAUGGUGGUGGUGGAUGCCACCUUCUUUGAAGGUGACUGGGAACAGCCAUUUAGCGAAAGUGACACAACAACUCACAAGUUCUGGAUCAGCAAGACCGAGUGGAAGCCAGUGAAGAUGAUGAAUCAGUCGGGGUACUUUGCGUAUGAGGCUGACACCCACACCAAGAUGAGGAGCUGGCUGGACCAUGGGCACUUCAAGAAGAGGACCGAUAGUGUGGCAAUGCCAAAGACCCCUGUCAAAGUCUCUCUUCCUCACUUCACCAUUGAACAAAAGCUCCAGAUGAAAGACGGCCUGAAGCGCAUGGGGAUGGUUGACGCCUUCGACCCGGCAAAGAGUGACUUUUCAGGAAUGUCCCAGUGCCAGGAUUUGGCUCUGUCUGAAGUCUUUCAGCAGGUGUUCAUCAAUGUGGACGAGGCUGGCGCUGCAGCAGGGACUAGAUCUGUUGCUGUGACCAAAAUGGCUUGUUCCAUGGAACAAGCAUCUACAUGGCAGUCCUUUGUUGCAGAUCAUUCUUUCUUCUUCUACAUUGUACACAAUCCCUCCUCAACUGCUCUCUUUAUGGGCACAGUCAUCUCACCAUCGUGAACAAGAGAGUGAGGUGAUGCACAACCUUGAUUCAGCCUGAAUCAAGAUGACAUGAGGCUAAAGAGUGAUCCUUUAGUGAUCAUGAUGUCAGUUCUUUAGAGUUCAACCAUCCAAAGUCUGAUCAUCUUAUGAGGUAGUGAUGCUCCCUGUGAGCACACGAUGAUUGUUCUUCUGUCUUCAAAUCACAUCAAAAUCACACAUUUCUUUAUUAAAUUUAAGACAACUAUGAUUCAAAUCUGAUGAACCAAAGCUUCAUUUACGGUGUUUGGCUGUGAAGGGAAUAAAUGAUGGU